GCAAGUACAACACGGCACGCAAACUUUCUGGAUCAAGAUCAUGUGGUCUUCGCAUUUUUUUGUCGUAGGUGCGGUUUUUAUCGGCUUUUCUUUUCAUCCCUCCGGCUCCAAUAUUAGAUGAAGUAAACGAAAUUUGCAACGCAGGACCUCAAGUAGAAAAUAGAUAAGCCAACCGAUUGAUGUUGGAUCGAGAUCGACCACGACCGCCACCACGACCUUGUUCACCGCGAUUACUAGUUUUCGCCGCGGGUGGUCUUCUUUGUCACCGAUUUCGCGAAACUGUCUGCGAUAGUAGUUGUACUUCUAACAGCGGUAGGUGAUUGAGAUUUUAAAAAGAACCACGUAGCAAAAAAAUGGUAGCAACCUCGAGUUCCUCGUCCAGCUGCGUCACGAGCAGCUUCCAGGUCCCGCAAAAGCGCAUCAAGGACCGACAGGACUUCGAGAUACGUUUCAAGCAGAACAACAAAACGCUAAAAAAACGGAUUCUCGAGUACCUGCAGACCUGUGACAUCCCCAUGAAAUCCACGCUGUACGGAAGUUCUAGCUCCACCACGGGGGGCCCGCUGCCCGGUUUCGGCCUGGGCAGCGGGUUGUCCUCCACCGACCCGUCGAAGUGCGCGCUCUCCCCGUCGGACCUGUCGGUGAACCGGGAACGCAAGCAGGAUUUUCGCGCGCCCACCGACGUGGAGAUUAGCAACGCGAUCGCCACGGGAGUGGGGGUAAAUGCUGUGGGGGCUGUCGCUGGUGUAGUUGUUCCAACUUCUCGGGGGCCGCAAGGUACUGAAAUUAGUGGCUGGGUGGUGUUUCUCGUGAUGAAUAGAGUAAAACUUCAGCGUACAACUUCGUGAUGAUAAAUUAGAAGCUGUGAGAAAUGUUAUAAGCCGACUACAAUUUCCACUGGCACUUUAUCAAACAAACCCCAGGCGGGCUCGCUGCAGGCAACCAAAACGGGCAGCAGCAGCCGCGCCGCCAACAGAGAAUUUCCGACGAUAACUCCACGCACGACGUGGUCGCAGAUCGACAGCGAGAAUUCGCCGACGUGGGCGACGUAUGCAAUGCGAAAGCAUCGUACUAGUAGAAAUUGCAGUACAAAUUCCCCCAGCAUUACAACUUUAAUUUGUCAUGCUGAUGUACCUUGAGAAAGAGAUUUGUCAUGCAUAAAUGCAAUUACUACGAGCGCGAUACUUUUGCACAGGAUACGACGGAAGCGGCCAGGCGCGGGAAAACGAGGACUACCCGUUGGUGACGAGAAUAGAAAAAUUCACUGCUACGCAUUGCAAAGUAAAAGUCGUACUCGUACUAAUUGCAGUACUGCAUGACAGAUCUCGUUCCAUUGCAGAGUCAGCAUCACAAAUUUCUUUUUUCCUACUUUUGGAGAAAUUGAAAUUUGUAAUGCUUUUUUAAUUAUACUCGUGCGAUACUUUUGCAAUGCAUAGCCGCGAUUUUGAAGCAAUUCAUGAACCUCGUGGACGAAAUAUCCUGAGUAAAAACGUCCCCACACCAGAGUCAAGCUGGGAAAUCUGCUAGACAAAUCUGUCAGCUUUUGCUGUUGCUUGCGCAUGACAAGUUUGGCCUCGCAGUGUAAUCCUGUUUAGCUUGUUCAGCAGCAUCACAGAUCUAGCAUAUCGUGCUGAUUCUAGCAUCACAAAUCCCACAACACGACUAGAGACUGCUUCUCAUGGGUCUCCGCAUGAGAAACAUUCUCAGCAUGCAGAUUUGCAUUACAACUCUGGCGUGGGGACGUUUUUACUCACGAUACGAAAUCCCGCUGGAGCCGCGGACGGACAUGCGGUUUGGAAACAGCACGUUCCGCACGUGGUUUGCCCAUAUCAAAUGCAAAAAUUAUGUCUGGGUCUGGAGGGAUGCGAACUUGUGAUGCAUUCUUGGAUCACACAAAAAUCUGUCAUGCUUAGACAGCAAAGGGAGCUCCUCUUCCUGUCGCCGAAAGAAGGUGUUUUCGUUUGUCGUGCGGAUUAAGCAUUGGGAAACUGUCUCAAAACCUGUGAUGCUAUGCCCUGCAUGGCACACCUUCUGUGUCAAGCAGACACAGCAUCACAAGCCUCAGCAAUCUUCCAGAUCCAGACCCAGACAUUUUUGCAAUGUAUAGCCCAAGUCGAGGAGAAAUGCGAGCAGCUGGUGCGGGAGAGACUUUUGCCCGUGGACAAGUUCGGGAACGCGUGGCAGGAAUUUUCCUGCUAUUUGAUCAACUCUUUCGGCGACAAAACGAGAAUCGACUAUGGCACGGGGCACGAGCUGAACUUUAUCUGCUGCUUGUACUGUCUGGAAAAGGGGUACGGCUAUUUUACGCAGGCGGAACGGGGGGAAUUCGUGCUGGCGGCGUUUACCGCGUAUAGAGAAGAAGAUUAAGAUUUACGGUUUUUGCUUUCUUGUUUGAAUACAUAUUUCGGCUUCAUUUGAUCUUGUCUGGUCUGUGUGUACGACGGCGAUGUGUACUAAGUGCUUCAUCAACGUUUAUUAUUUUCAUCUGUUUUAUCAAAACAGCUACAUGACCCUGAUGCGCAAGCUCCAGUCCCAUUACGUCCUUGAACCUGCGGGGUCCCACGGUGUCUGGGGCCUCGAUGACUUCCACCACGUUGUGUACAUCUUCGGUGCCAGCCAACUGCGAAAGCAGGCGAGUUUGUUUGCCGCGGCCAAUUAUCAAAUGUAAAAAUGUCUGGGUCUGGAAGAUUGCCAGGCUUGUCAUGCAUAUUUUACAUGACUCCUGAUGUCUGUGAUGCAUGCCCUAGAAUCACAGACUUUGUGAGGGCUUCCUGAUGCCUAUACCGCAUGACAAAUGCUCUUUCCGUGUAGCAAAACUUGGACUCUCUUUGCUGCUCAUGCAAUUCAGAUUUUUUUAGAAUCCAAAAUCUGCAUGACUAGUUGGAUUCUUCCAGACCCAGACAUUUUAUUUACAGUUGAUACCAAUAACGCCGACGAUGAUAUGGACAUGGCGGGGGCGGGCGGGAGUACGAAUGGACGGCACUAUGAACUGUAAAAAUGUCUGGGCCUGGAAAGAACUUGUGAUGCUGGGUGGCGUCUCAUGAUGAGGCCACAAGUGCUGGCUCAGCAUGACAAGUUUUUGAGCUUCUAGGUGUUGCCUAUUCUGCAUGACAAACUGCGUUUCUGCAUCACAGAAAAAUGGAGUUCUUGGGUAACGUGCAUGACAGAUUUAAGAGUCAUGCCAGACAAGCAUGACAAACAUACAUUCUUCCAGACCCAGACACUUUUACAUUUGAUAGGCACAAUGUGAGGACAAAUGUGAACCAGAUCAACAUUGCCGAGCCGGGCGGUGGCGGUGCAUUAGCAGGAAGUAGAGGACAGCAACAAGCAGCGGGCGUAGGAGCACUAACAUCAAUAUCAAACCAAGCGGGAACAGCACUACAGCUUCAGCAGCAACAACAGCAGCUACUUCAACCAGACAUGGUCUUGCAGGCGGCGCAGGCGUCCCAGCACCACGCGUACCUCUUCGUCGCCGCGGUCCGGAACAUCUUGGACACGAAGCGGGGCGCGCCGUUUCACGAAACCAGCCCGCAGCUGAACGACAUUUUGCACACGGUUCCGAGUUGGGACAGAUUGUACCUAGGGUUGAUAAAAAUGUACGUGGGAGAAGUGUUGGAAAAAUUCCCCGUGAUUCAACACUUCUACUUCGGAACGACCUUGCCGUACGAGUGAAGAGGACGUCGGAAUCGGGUGUGAUAGAAUUACAAGCGCGAAUGCACCAUGCUGCUACAUCUCAGCACCUUGAUAUCCAAAAUGUAAUAAUCGAAGUGACAAUCAGAAUGAACAAAGUCAAAGUAAAAAAACCUCGACAUUAUUCUCGCUGUCGCCCCCCGAAAAAUGAAUUGGGAUUCAGGCUGUAAAAUGCCCCGCG